AUGAAGGCACUCGCAGCAAUCCUCCUCUUUGUCUUUCCAUCCAUCGCUGUCUCGCUCACCAAGCGCGACUGCGAACGCUUCGAGCUGACCGCUCCUGGACCCGAGGGAUGGACCAAAAUGGGCCAACCACUCCGCGUUUCCGAAGUCGUAAACUGCACCGCGCAAAGGGCCAAAGAAAAUGGCGACGGCAAAGGAAACUGCAACAUCCAACACUAUAAAAUGGGGAUCAUCGCCAACGCAACUGUCAACAGCACUGACGGCGCAACUUUUCAAGCACCAUCUCCAGCAAGCCUCAACACUUCCAUAACAAACAAAAAGGCCAUUAUCGAAGCUCUUAAACACCGUAUAAGCCCGCUGCAGAGCGUCAACUUGGAAAGACUCGUCGUGAUACCCUUUACUGCACCUUUUAAUACCACGCCAAACGGAACUUAUGGGUAUUGGACAUUUACGCCUGCGAUACAGUGCUGGCGGGGACAUCCCAGAGACUGUGAUGGUGGUGUGGAGGACGACUUGGACGGUUAUUCGGCUGUGGUUUGCGGCUUUAGGCUUAACAGAAAUUCGGGAGAUAACAAUGGCACCGCGUAUGAAGGCAAUGUUACUUUCGUGGAGAGCGACGAGGAAGAUGCUCCUGAAAAGUCCGAGAGCAAGCCAUGGCCAGAACUUAACAGGGCUCGUGAAAUCGCCAGGGAAUGGGAUGUAGCUGAUACAGACUCUGGGGCCACUAGAUAUCACGGGAUAUCGACGGCUGCCAUUUGGUCAUUUCUUGCUUGUCUUCUUGUAUUUAUCUAG